CAUUUAUCCGGUACGGCCGGCAACAAAGUUUCAGGAUGUUAUUGAAAUGAAGUGUUAUUUUAUUCGAUAAGAUAAAACACUUAUGAGCACUGCACAAAGAAGAUACAAUAUAAAUAAGGGGAAAUGAUCAUUAUAAAAUAUUUACUCGAUUUAUUUGACACUUGACAGUCAAUUAUUUAUCAACGUCCUUGAUAUCAUCAAUUAAAGUUAUUGUAACUAAAAUGGAUUCAAGUAAAUACAGUGAAAUCAAACUCAGCGAUUUUAAAUGGGUAAAUGAGCCUAAGAAAUGGCGAAUCAGUGACAAAGACCUUGAAGUGACGACAGAUGAGAAAACUGAUUAUUGGGAAGGCACUUGGUACAAUUUCCAUCAUAAUUCAGGCCAUGUUUAUGGAGUAGAAAUUAAGGAUGACUUUACUUUCACGGUUUGCGUGGAAGCAGAGUUCACUACCUUGUAUGACCAAGCUGGUCUAAUGAUAUACUUCGAUGACAAACAUUGGCUGAAGGCUGGCAUCGAGUACAAUGAUGGACAGCCGAUGAUUAGCAGCGUCCUAACUAAUGAGCUCUCUGAUUGGGGCACAGGCGUAUUUACUGGCAAUCCGCGCAAGUUCUACCUGCGAAUGUCAAGGAAGGGCGACGUGGCGUGUGUGAAGUACUCGACGGACAACGAGCUGUGGACGCUGCUCCGACUGUGCCCGCUGCCGCUCUGUACGCGCGGCCCCUGUGUCGUGGGACCCAUGUGCUGCACGCCAACUAGACAAGGGCUGCACGUAAAAUUCAGUGACAUAAAAAUCACCGUGCCAGCGGAUGAUAUCCUACAUUCUAACUGAGGUGCUUUUAAACAUACCUCAAAGUCAAAGUCAAAGCAUUUAUUUCAAUUAAACCAUAAUUUGGUACUUUUGAAACGUCAACAAAUACAAAAUA